AUGUUAGAGGUAGACUAUCUAUGGACGGAAGAUGAGUUACUACCUCAUGAAGUAGAACAAUUAUUCCCCGAAUCAACAAUAUCAUUCAUAAUAUUAUCACCAAAUAUAGAUCAAACAUUAUCUAACUUUAUUAAAUAUAUGCAACCAUGGAUAGAGCAAUACCCUUGGAAUUAUUCACAACCUGAAUUUCAAGCACAUACAACAAAGAAUAUAGAAUAUAUAUAUGGAGAAUUAAAUUAUCAUGAUCAUUCACUAGAUAUGGAGUUAUUUAUUGCCAUAUUAAUGAGUUUCACAAAAUAUGAAGAUUGCUUUAUACAUUUAUUUGAUUCCUUAGAAAUUGAACCUAUCUUGGUGAUAUGUCAUGAAGAAUUGAGUGAUGAUUUAGAUGAUGUAACUACUACAAGAAAUAGAGUUUGGUUACAUGAAGAUAGUUGUGUAAUUUUGAAUAGGAAUGCAGCUGAUUUUAAUAAUUUUUUACCGUUGCAAAAUGCUGCGUUACAAAUAUUCAAGGGUGAUUAUACCAAAAGUAAUAGUUUAACAGAAACACUAAAAGAAAAAUGUUCAAUUGAUGUUGGAUUAAGUCAUGUACAUGAUAUUAUUUUGAAUUUACCUUUGCCAAUUGCAAAAUUGGUUUCAGCUAAUCCCAAUAUAACUGCAAGAAGUCUAAAAGGUUUGGAAAAUGAAGAAGAGGUUAAACCGAUGGAAUUCAAUGAAGGAAUUGAAGUUACUACACCAAUGAAUAGCUUAAAUUUAGGAGUUAUGAUGGGGAUUGCUUUAGCAAGUGGAUCAAAAGAUUAUUUAAGUGGGAUAUUUUUAUCUGGUUUACAGAAAUAUUACGAAAGUAAACCUGAACCUAAAAUUCCAGACAAUAUAAGUCAUAGUUCAAGAUAUAUCUUACAGGAUGAACUAAUAAACAGGGGGAUACUUGAAAAAAGAGUACCUGAAGACACAGAAUUUGUUGAAUUAAUAUCUAACAUCUCAGCUCCUAAGAUGGAAGACGAAGAAAAAUAUGCCAAAAAUUUACAGAACUUAUUUGAAACCAACAAUUUUGAAGAGAUUGUUGAUCCAAUGGAAGAUGAUUUAGAUGAUGAAGAGAGUGAUUUUUCAGAUGAUGAAUUGAAUGGAUUUAGAUGGAAAUAUCAUGAUUUAACUUCUGAAUGGAUUUCUAAAGAAAAAGUAGUUUCAAAAUAUCAGGAGUUUAAACAUUCUAUAAUUUCACUAACGAAUAAAUUUAAAGAUGAAUUUAAAAACACAGAAUUUGAAGAUUUUCCUGAAUUUAUGGAACUGGAAAUAAUUUUAGAAAUGAAUCAACGAGAUGGUGGACAAAUAUAUAAUGAUGAUUCAGAUUAUAAAAGUGAUACACCCGAGCAAUUUCAAGGAGAUAUGGCAUUUGAUGAUUAUUUAAAAUUCAAAAAGAAACUAGGACAAGAAAAAGCAAAUUUUAGUGAUGAAGAAGAUGAAGAUGCAGAAUGGGAAGAUGUUGACGAUGUCGAUAACACUGAUGACGAUGAUGAUGAUGAUGCUUAUGAUAAUGAUAUAAUGAGUGAUGGCGAAGAUAGUUAUGGAGAACCUUAUGAAAAUAAACCUAAAAUCGAAGAACUUGGAGAAGAGGUAAAUGUCUUGGAUACUAGGUUAACAAAAGAUGACGUUGAUAGAUUAGCUAAAAAUUUAAAGACUUUGAAAACAAGUGAAGAUAAAAGUUUAGAACUGCAAAUGAAAAAGAAAUGA